UGACUCCACCAUUACCAAUCCUUCAGUGCACUGGGGGAAGCAUGAAGAUAUCCAUAUCUAAAUGUCAACUGGAAAUUAGUCAAUUUAACUCUUCCAAUUUACAUUUGAAUAACUCAACUGAUGUCAACUGCUCAGCAACAUAUGAGAUUAUUAAUGGUACUUCCCAAGUUGUUUUUAUAUCACCGUUGAAAACUGGCUCCUGUGGUAAUGUAGUAACA